UGGGGGCCGCACGCCGUGCACGUGCGCACGGCGACGGCCGGAUGGCUGCGUGGGGCUGUGUGGCUGCGCUCGGCGCGGCGCGCGGGCUUUGCUGGCGGGCGGCGCGCGCGGCUGCGGGGCUCCAGGGCCGCCCCGCCCGCAGGUGCUAUGCUGUGGGCCCCGCUCAGAGCCCACCCACCUUCGGGUUCCUGUUGGACAUCGAUGGAGUGCUUGUGCGGGGCCACAGAGUGAUCCCUGCUGCUCUGAAAGCCUUCCGAAGGCUGGUGAACUCCCAGGGGCAGCUGCGGGUGCCCGUGGUUUUUGUUACAAAUGCUGGGAACAUCUUACAACACAGCAAAGCCCAGGAGCUGUCAGCCCUGCUGGGGUGCGAGGUGGAUGCAGACCAAGUUAUCCUCUCUCACAGCCCCAUGAAGCUCUUCUCCGAGUACCAUGAGAAGAGAAUGCUGGUGUCUGGACAGGGGCCCGUGGUGGAAAAUGCCCAGGGACUGGGCUUCCGAAAUGUCGUCACCGUGGAUGAGCUGCGGAUGGCCUUCCCUCUGCUUGACAUGGUGGACCUGGAGCGGCGGCUAAAGACCACGCCCCUCCCGAGGAAUGACUUCCCCCGCAUUGAAGGGGUGCUCCUCCUAGGGGAGCCGGUCCGCUGGGAGACCAGCCUGCAGCUGAUCAUGGAUGUCCUCCUCAGCAAUGGGAGCCCUGGGGCUGGCCUGGCAACACCCCCCUACCCCCACCUCCCCGUCCUAGCCAGCAACAUGGAUCUCCUGUGGAUGGCUGAAGCCAAGAUGCCCAGGUUUGGACAUGGCACCUUUCUGCUGUGCCUGGAAACCAUUUACCAGAAAGUGACGGGCAAGGAGCUGAGAUACGAGGGCCUGAUGGGCAAACCCAGCAUCCUCACUUACCAGUAUGCCGAGGACCUGAUCAGGCGACAGGCGGAGAGGCGGGGCUGGGCCGCCCCCAUCCGGAAGCUCUAUGCUGUGGGUGAUAACCCUAUGUCUGACGUAUACGGCGCCAACCUGUUCCACCAGUACCUGCAGAAGGCAACGCAUGAUGGGGCGCCAGAACUAGGGGCCGGGGGCCCACGGCAGCAACAGCCCUCAGCAAGCCAGAGCUGCAUCUCCAUCCUGGUGUGUACAGGCGUCUACAAUCCCAGGAACCCACAGUCCACGGAGCCUGUCCUUGGAGGAGGGGAGCCUCCAUUCCACGGGCACCGAGACUUAUGCUUCAGUCCAGGGCUCAUGGAGGCCUCCCACGUGGUGAAUGACGUGAAUGAGGCUGUGCAGCUGGUCUUCCGCAAGGAGGGCUGGGCUUUGGAGUGAGGGCAGUGCGGUGGAGGUGAGCGGGUGAGCCUGGACCUGUGGGCGAGUCCCAUUGGCUGGGCUCAGGUCAGGGCUUGGUUCCCUUGCCACCCUUCUUGCUGCCCCAUGAGUGUGGCAUUACUGGUCACUUGGAAGAAGACAGUGACUCUUUUUCCCUGCUGGGUAGCAUUUUGUAUGGAACGGUUGGAAUUUUCUGGGCCCAGUUCCCAUGUGCCUUUCCUGGCAGUCUAACCUCAGGCCAUUCUCUUCCCCUGUGUGCCUCAGUGUCCUUCUCAUUUCAGUAGGGACUUCUGAAAUGGGGGAGGCAGUGUGGAAUACUGUGGACGUCUGUGCAGAGCCUUUGCCGGCACUGAAGGCAUGCAGCCUGUCGGCAGAGUGUCUUAACACCAGAUGCUACUUUUUACUGUAUUGUAGUUUAUUGCCCGGAGAUGUGGGGCUUUUUUUUUUAAUAAAAUAAUCAUAAUAAGUGUU